AAACAAAAAUGGAGAAGUCAUCGAAAUAGCUAGAAGUGGAAUAAUCCAAACAAAUAUUAAACUUAUAACAACAUCAAGUUUUUAUGUGUUAGAAAAGGGAUUUGCCAUAGCUUACGGAGGAGACGAUUCUCCGACUCAACUUAAUAAUUCCAUUGCAGACACCAGUAUUGGUACAACUAAUGGAGUAUACGUAGUAUUUUAUUAUUUUGAAAAAAACACACGAACAGGGCCAUUCUUGUUAUAUCAAAUUCCCACAAGAAUCUUAAAGUCGAAUAAUACUCAAAUGUUAAUUCAAACUUUAACAUUACAAGGAAUUAUAUGUAGAGUUGAUUUUAGCGGGGAUAUGAGAAAUAGCUAUAAUUAUGGGUAUAUUCUCCUACCUCUUCAAUUCGGUGGUUAUCUAAUGAUAGUAUAUGAAAAAAAUCUUCUUUAUGGUUAUAUUCUCGAUAAAAAUGGAGAUUUAUAUGGAAACUGGUCAUUACCACAACCUUUAAGUGAUCCCAUGUAUAAAAGUACUUAUGUUCUUCUUGCAAAUAAUUCAAUUGUUGCAGUGGAAAAUCAAAAUAAUUCAAUUUGGAAAGUGACAUGUGAUGAUUCAUCUAAAUUUACAAGCCAAGAUUAUAAAUUCAAUAAUCCGAUCAUAUCAUCAACAAACCCAGUAUUAGGAUCCCGAGUAAACGAAUCUACAAACCAACUUUAUUUAUCAUUCACUUAUCCUGUAAUUCUUUCCAGUUCAAACAUUUCAAUAUACCAACGUAUCAAUGGAACAGAUCAUGACCUAUUGCGCCAACAAUUUCAAG